GAGAGAGAGAGAGAGAGAGAGACCAAGCAACGGGAACCUGAGACGCGCGUCCUCUGUCAGAGCGCACGCACGGGAACUUUGGUGAUUUGACGGUGAAAGCGAUGGAAACGUCCUGAAGAUGAUCUUCAGUCUUUGAUGGUGGAUUCAUGUUUCGGUCCAUCCAGCUAUGCUGUCCUUUCGCUCGUCACCUCAUAGAUUCCUGAUCCCUGUCCUCUUCUUAAGUUCUUCUGCUCUGAUUCAUGUUUUGUGAUUGAACACUCGAGUCCGUUUGAAGAAAACCAGGACGCAUUGUUUUCAGUCUCAAUACUAUAAAGGACUUCCAGCUCGCGAAGGAUUCGUGAUGUCUGCCUCACAUCGCUCCUUAUUUCUUUUGCUGUUGAGUUUGCUCUCGGCUGGAGCUCAGACCGAAAUGAAGCGGGUUGUAGGAGACAACGCCACGUUGCCUUGCCAUCAUCAGUUCUGGCAGUCAAAUGGUCAGACGUUGGACAUCGAAUGGCUCCUACAGAAACCUAACGUCAAACAGCGUGUGAUCAUCACAUUCUUCAACAAUGAGGUCUACACCAAUGAUAACCCUGCCAGCCGGCUGUCUUUCGCAGGCGACUACCUGAACGGAGACGCCUCUCUUCUGAUCGGCGAUCUGCAGCUGACGGACUCCGGUGAAUACCACUGCAAGGUCAAAACAGGUGGUAAAUACCACUGGAGCCAAGUCAACCUCAUUGUGCUGGUGAAACCAUCUAAGCCCCGAUGCUGGAUGGAGGGUAGGCUGCUAGAAGGCAGUGAUGUCAAACUCAGCUGCAAGUCUUCUGAUGGGUCAGACCCCAUCCGUUACAAAUGGGAGAGAGUCCUGGAUAAAGGCAAGAGUGUGGGGAAACUCCCCCCUCUCUCCCUCAUUGAUCUGAAGAACCCAGAGGUUGUGACCUUGAGGAACUUGACACAGGACAGCUCAGGGGUCUACAAGUGCACCGCCAGCAAUGACGUAGGGGAGGAGAACUGCAUCAUCGAGGUGACAAUGCAAUAUGUGAGGGGUAUAGGUGUGGUGGCUGGUGCAGUGGUUGGCGUUUCGUUUGGCGUCCUGCUCCUCAUUCUCAUCAUCUGGCUUGUCUUUCGCAAAAAGGAGAAAAAGAAAUAUGAAGAGGAGGAGACUCCUAAUGAGAUUAGGGAAGAUGCAGAAGCCCCUAAAGCCAAGCUGGUGAAGCCCAACUCGCUCUCUUCAUCCCGCUCUGGUAGCUCACGCUCUGGUGCAUCCUCUACGCAGUCCAUGGUGCACAACAGCGCCACCCGAAACCAACGUCCGCGGCCACCCGCCGUCGCAGCCCUCAAGGAAAACGGACAACCCCACAGCUUUCCCCAAUCUCCCCCGGCCUACACGCAGGUGGUGCCCAAGACCCCAGAACCUCCUGGCACCCCAAAAUUCAGACCCCCUAACCCUUCAGUAAACAUGACCAUUCCCGCAGGAGUCAUGGCGCCCGCUCAAAGCAAGGCCUUCCAGACAGUGUAAAUAAAGAGAGUGUAGAGGAAACCCAACCUAUAUGGGAAACCCACAGUGACUCUUCCAAAAGUUGCACCUAGGAUCGGGGAGAAAAACAAAAAUGUACUAUAAAAAGUCAUAAAUAAAUAAAUAAAGUAUGUAAUUCAAAAUAAAAUCAAUCAUAUUAAAGCUAAAAAAUUGAAUGCAUAUUUACAAAGAGGAAUAUACAACAUGCUUGCCCCCUUCUGACGUAUUAAAAUAAGAGAGGAAAAAUAUUUAGUCUGGUUUUUCUUUGUUUCUCUCUCUUUCUUUUGAUCACACGGCGCAAGCAGGCCUUUUUUUACUUUUUUUCCUCCUUUGAACUCUUAAAGCUUUGGAAGCGUUGUGGGCAGUGGGCUGGAAUGAUUUCCCCAAGUGCAGUUUAUUUAUUUAUUGAAUCAGAGAGGCUAAAGGACCAAGGGCAGGUUGGGUUUAUGAAACACGAUGCGAUAAAGGAACGACCAGAUCUCCAUCUAAAGAGAAAGGAUAUUAUCCGAGAGCUGCUUGUUGCUGCUAGGAAAAUAUAACCUGUUCAUACUUCCACGAAAUUCCUAUCCAUCGUUUUCCAGAAUGCACUGCAAACGUUGGCCCCGGCCCCGAUAACCACCAAAAAGGGGGACACACGGAGGGGCUGGAAAAUGACUUGAAUGACACAGAAAGACUCGGACACUUCAAUGAAUUCACUAAUUGGUUGCACCACUUUGCCUGCAGUACUAUAGUGCGCUAGUGUUGUGCUCUUCCAUGCAUACUUAAUUUAGGUCAUUGUCAUAGUUUUAAUAGCAAACACACUUGCUUUCGGCUGAAUUUUAGAGUGCACAUUAUUCAGAAUUCAAUUAUGUUCGGCAAUCAUUACCAUUCGUGUGAUAAUCAAAUGAUAGAGAAGAGCAUUAUUAUUAUAGGCAUAUAUAGACAUGCCAUAUAGUGUACAUUUAUUAUUUGGUGGUGCAAUGCUCCAGAUGCUACAGUCCCAUAAUAGUGGAGGACUACUGCACUGUGCAAAAUGUAUUCCCCCCUUUUUUGGGGGGGGCAGGUUUGUUUUGUUACCUGAUUUGCAUUAUUUCUUAAGUGAAUGGUGGUACGCAACGCAGACAGCACAUGCAAAAUAUACUGAUCUGUAUUCUUUCACACUCAUAUAAGUAUUUGUGGUCAAAUUUGUGUACAGUAUGAAGUGCAGGUCUGUGACAGAAAGUUUGCGGUCUGCACUGUAAAAAAAUUCUGUAAAAAAUUGCGGCUGGGUUGCCGGUAACUUACCGUAGAUUUAAAUGUAUGUUUUUAGUGGCAACAUUUUGUUUAAAGUUAAAUGAACAUUAAACAUUUACAAGUCUUUGUCUUUACAGAGUAAAACUAAAAAACAGCAUCAAGCAAAACAUUCUGGGAAACAAAAUCUGAAGCAAAAAACUAAAAAAGGUUGAUGAUGAUUUCUGGUUCCCAGAAUGCUUUGCAUGAGGCUGUUAUUGUAUAGUUUUAUUCUGUAAAGAUAAAGACUUGUUCAUAUUUAAAAUUUAUUUAACUUUGAACAAACUCUUGCCAGUAAGUAACAUAAAUGUAAAUCUACGGUAAAUUACCGGCAACCCAGCUGCAAUAACAUUGUAAUUUCUACUGAAUUUUUUUACAGUGUGGGUUUGAACUCAUUGGAAAGCUUUGCUUCAGUUUGUAUUUGUUACAGCUUUAAUUUACAGUGGUACUGAAACCAAAAUCUGUCAUGGAUACUAUGAAUGUUUUUAAGACUAAACAUUUGGUCUUUCUUUUCUAGAAUACCCAGCAGUCAUACAUGAUAACAUAUGAGGCACAAGUAACUUUUGACUAUAAUCUCACAGUACUGUGGACACUUAAAGAAAAUGACAUAACAGGGAUUAUGUCAUUAUAAGUACUGAACACUUCUGCAUCCUAGUUGGGAGGCCGUGUGGGUUCACGUAUACACUAUGGUACCAUCCCAAAAUGGUUGCCUUUUUGUGUCAGACAUCCUGCGGCUUCCUCCGCCGAGCUCUGUCAAAAACUUUCUCUAUUAGCCGUGUAUCCGAACCCCCGGGAAGACCUUGCAUGGUGCAUUUUUGAGACUUGAAAUAGACAAGUUGCCUGUAUCGUGUGCCUUCGCAGAAACGUCUACCCCUGAGAUUUGUUUUCUUCACAAUGGAUGUGCUGGGAGCCUCUGAAGUCCUGUCGGUGGAGAAGGAGAACGCUCUGACACAAAGAGGCAGUCAUAUACAUCAGCCACACAAAUAAUGUAUACUCUGUAGUCAUGAUGAUGUUUUAUAUUGUACAUACAGAUAAAUAUAUGCACACUAUAUCCUUUAAGUUAUCGUUUGAAGAUUGGAGUUAUAGGCCAUAAUAAAGCUGUAGAUGAGGUAUUAUGCAUUUUCUGAAAGUGAUCAUACCUGCUAAGCUCCCUUUAAUAAAUAAAUAAUUUCCUUUUUAAUGGCUACUUAUAUAUCCACCAUAUUUAAGAAAGCAAAGCCAUAAGGGAGCAAGUAUUACAUGAUUCAAUUACUCAACAAUCGCCUUUUCAAUUUUGUGUUUCGGGCCUUCAGGUCGCUAGCAAAUCGACUUUUUUUCAUGCCGAAGCAAAACUAACCUGGUUAUUAUUUUUACUUAAACACUGCUUCUGCCAAUUGCUGUUAAUUUCCCCUAUACAUGCAUACAUACAUUGGCUGACCCAGCCUCAUAAAUAAAGACACGUUUUCUACAGACACAUAUUUCAGGAGUGACUGGGUGGACUGUUGUCAUUAAGCAUGACGGAUGGCCUGUCACAUAGGGUGAGGAGUGAACGAUGGGAAACGUAAGGGUAGGGAACACAGGCGGAGUUGUCCGGUUCCAAACCUCACAGAGGUUUUCCUGUAUCCUUACGUCCAAACGAACCAGGUGGUUCCAGAAGACAAAAAGGUUAAAGAUUUACACUUUGUGUAACAAUUGGUACUGAAUCUGAUUCAAAAUACUUCUCGACAUUUAUCUUAGUCUAUUUGGUUAAGGUGUAUUACUUUUUCCAAUAUUUAAAGCAUGACUUAAAUACGUAGGCAGCUCCUUACAGUUUGGAAAAAAGUCUUGCUUUUUUGGGCAGCCGUUCAACUCAUCCUCUGGCUGUUCCGCUUCUUUGUUUCAGGUCAUUUAUUUCAUCUUUUUUGGCAACAAGUCAAGCCUGGUCCAUUUUUGGUGCCUGCUGAACAGUUUGGUGGCUUUCAUUAUUACUUAAUACGGCUAAAGAGCCAUCUUGGUACAGCAUUUGGAUACUAAUGGAGAAUACGCUCCCAUGAAGCCACCAGUACAUUUUGAUCUGGUGCUCGCAUUACGAUGUGAGUUCGGAUGGGCGUUCAGACCUGGGAUAAGCAUUAUUUUAAACAUUCAAAGUAUUUGACUGUAUAGCCUUUAUUCGGUCAUUGUUAUCCGACAUGGUUGCUUUCAAAAUAGCUUCUUUGACUCAUCAUGGAAACUGUAGCAUUAUGUGUAAAAGGAAAUUUAAGGGUAAAAGGGAUUGCAUGUUAUGGCCUACGGGAUAUCGGGAAUGCUUUGCUUCUGUGUUCAUACAGGUACCUGUAUACAGCUGAAUAUAUACGUGUAAAUAUGUCUAUCAUCUCUGUAAGUUUGAUUUUUACUUUUUUGUUACAUUUUUACUUUUAAGAAUUUCGGGCCCUUGAGCUGGUGUUUGCCUGAGAGUCUCCAUCUUAGAAGAAAGAAAAUGAUCUUUCUCUUAUGAGUUUUGUAAACCAGUCUGUUCAUUUUGAAAAGAUCCAUUCCUGUAAAUAUGUCCCUCUACAAGUAAAAAAUUGUAUAUUUUUACGGACUCUGAGUUAAUAAUACUUCAUUUGCAAAUAAAAUGACAAGUUAACGACAA